AUGCAGCAGAAAAAUUCAUUCAUGCAUCCAAAAUUCAACCAAAAAAAAUCUAAUAAUGAAAAUGAAAAUGCGUCGACAGGCGAAGACACCAGUGGCGAUGUACCCGAUGUUAAUGUACUAAGUACAAGUAAUCAACAAAUACAAGAAGAUUCUUCCGAGAUUCAAUUCUUCAAUCAAGCCGUAAAAAAUAGGAAAGCAAGUAAUACAACCCACUUUAUAAAUACUUUUCUCUCAGUAGUUACAAUUUUGGACCCUCGUUUCAAGCGUAUCCACUUUAAUUCUCCAAUUGCCGUAUCAAAUGCUAUAUCAAAAAUAAGCGACGAUAUUCGCUCAGAAUAUAGGCGUAGAGGACAACGUUCUCCAGAUGUAAGGUCUGACCGAGCAACAUCAGAAAAAGCAAAUGAGUCAUCAAUCUGGUGCAGGCAUGAGCAGCUUUUAAAUCUGAGAACAGCUGCACAAGAGGUCCCAAGCUCUGGAUCUGUCCCCAAUGAGCUUAAGCAAUAUCUGGACCAACCACUUCUUGAGAGGAAGUCAGAUCCAAUAAAGUUUUGGGUAAAUUGCCGACAUUUCACGCCGGUUCUUUCGGAUAUCGCUCUUAAAUAUUUAAUAUGUCAAGCUUCCUCGGUAUCAUCCGAAAGGGUUGCUUCGAUUGUUAAUUUAACAGUGCCGGAUAAUAGGAGCAGAUUGACAGGUGAGCACAUUAAAGAAAGAGUGCUGCUGAUGUCUAUUUCAGACGAAUACUGGUAUCAGUGA